GCCACCGGGUUUGUUGUCAUUAGAGAGAGGAAGCUUUUCUGCGUCAGUGUUCCUCGUUACGAAUUUUGUCGGUAAAAAUGACGGUAGAGGCGAUGGAAGUAUCUACAAAUGAUAAGGAGAAAGAGAAGGAGAAGGAGACAGAGACAGAGAAGAAGGAUCCGGAUACAUUAUCGCUGGAAGAUCUAAAGGAGCAGAUACGCCUGGUUGAACGUAGCAUUGUGAGCAAGGAACCCAGGUUUGUCCUGCGUGUGCUACGAGCACUCCCUGCUACAAGGAGGAAGCUUACCCCUAAUGUCCUCCGCUCCCUUGUGGCUACUUACUAUGGGCGGCCAGAGAACAAGCAGGAGAGGGAGUCCAUCCUCCAGUUCAUUGAAGAGCCUAUGGAUACAGAGGCACCUCCACAAGCCAACUUGGGGCGUCAGCGUAGCCAGUUGGUGCUAGAGGUCGAUGUGUACAUCCAUCUCUUGGUUCUACUGCGACUUCUUGAUACCAACAGCAAUGAGGAUGCUAUUAAGUGCUCAGAUCUGUUGAUGAACAAAGUGACAUCAGUAAACAGGCGCACCCUUGACUUGCUCGCUGCACGCUGUUAUUUUUAUCACUCACGAGCUUAUGAAGUUAACAGCAGAUUGGAUGAAAUAAGAGGAUUUUUGCACCAACGUCUGUGCCAGGCUACUCUCCGCAAGGAUCAUGAGGGCCAGGCUGUCCUUAUCAACGGUCUCCUGCGCAAUUAUCUCCACUACUGCCUCUAUGACCAGGCACAGAAGCUGAUUGUCAAGCUUGAGUUUCCUCAACAGGCUAACAAUAAUGAGGUAGCACGGUACCACUACUACAUGGGUCGCAUCAAGGGUAUCCAGUUGGAGUACUCAGAGGCUCACAAGCAUCUCAUUCAGGCUCUUCGCAAAGCUCCACAGCAGACUGCUGUAGGCUUCAGACAGUCUGUACAGAAGUUGGCAGUAGUAGUGGAACUGCUGCUUGGUGAUAUCCCAGAGAGACAGAUUUUCCGUCAAGCCAUCAUGCGCAAAGCUCUAGCUCCUUAUCUCCAGCUGACACAGGCUGUUAGGCUUGGUAAUUUAGUGCAUUUUACAAAUACACUCAAUGAAUAUAAGUCUAAGUUCUUGGAUGACCACACAUUCAUGCUUAUCCUUCGUCUGCGCCACAAUGUCAUCAAGACAGGCUUACGAGCUAUCUCGCUCUCCUACUCCCGCAUCUCCCUAGGUGAUGUUGCUGCCAAGUUGACUCUGGGCUCGCGGGAAGAUGCCGAGUUCAUUGUAGCAAAAGCAAUUAGGGAUGGUGUCAUUGAGGCUGUGAUUGACCAUGAGCAUGGAUAUAUGCAGAGCAAGGAGACUGUUGAUGUAUACUGCACUCGUGAACCACAGUCAGUGUAUCAUCAGCGCAUUUCCUUCUGCUUGGAUAUCCACAACCAGUCGGUCAAGGCCAUGCGCUACCCCCCCAAGUCAUACAACAAGGAUCUUGAGAGUGCUGAGGUGAGGCAGCUGAAAUGGAAAGUGAAGAAGAGAUUUUGACAUAAAGCUUGAGAACGACGAGAACGGGAGCAGCAGGAUCUGGAAUUGGCAAAGGAGAUGGCAGAGGAAGACGAUGACAGUUUCACGUAGACUGCGAGUUUCCCUUCUUUAUACCUCCGGAAGAUAGAGUGUGCUUGAAUGAGAGAGUACUGGUAUAACGUAGACAGAAAGAAAUGUAAUUUGUCAAGGCUAAAUGCUCUAUCAGGAAUUUGAAUUAGGCUUUCAAAAUCCAUAUCCAUAUUAGUUUGUCUCCCUUUUUCCUUUCCAUGUUGUAGGGAUAAUAACUUAUAGUUUAUAAUUUCUGGAAAAUGUGGUUUUAUUUUCAUGAACUAUCUUUGCUCAUGUUAAUAAAGGAAACUUUGUUA